AUAGCAAUGUCUCCAGAUUCGGAUCAUACGUUUGAGCAAGAGAAGGUGAAUAUUCAAGAUGAAGAGGAACAGGAAUUCAUGCGGAGAGUGGGAUGGAAAGCCCUAUUCGGUUUCAUGAUGCAGAAACACCUCCCGGUGCUCUGUAUCGCCGCGUUCUGCGCUGCAAUUGCUGCCCUCAUUCUUCCGGCUAUGUCAGUAAUACACGGCCUCCUAUUCCGCCAGUUCGCGAGCUUUGCAUCCGGAAACACAACUGGCACUGUAAUGCUUCAAAAUGUUUCCAGGUAUUGCGUAUAUCUCACAACACUGGCCACCCUCAAUUGGCUCGCCAACAGCAUAUACUUCACAACGAUUUUGACUUUUGGGGAGCUUCAAGCACGGAGUGCGAGGAUACGGAUCUUUAAUAACCUGCUUGGAAAGGAUAUGGAAUGGUACGAUAAUAGGGAGAGCGGAGUUGCAGCAUUAGUUCCAGGGGUUCAGAUGCAGAUUCGCGAUCUUCAACUAGCAUGUUCCGCCCCUCUCGGAGAAUGCGUCCAGUGCUGUGUAAUAGCCGUCGGUGCUUUAUCGAUUGCGCUAUACUCCUCCUGGAACCUUACUCUUGCCAUCAUCUGCACUAUCCCAAUUGUGUACCUUGUCAUGAGCUUCCUAUCGUCCAAGAUUUCAAAACGAGCACACGAACAAGCGGAUAAGCUCCAGCAAGCUCUAAAGCAUGUAACAAAUGCAGUCUCGAGCAUCGAGACAGUCAAAUGCUUCAAUAGCGAGAGAUUUGAGCUCCAAAAGUACGGCUGUGUUAUUACCCAAGCAGGAUAUUUAUACAAUCGCCAAGCGAAUCUCCGGUCGGCUCAGAUAGGGUUCAUGCAGUUCGUCACGUACAGUAUGUUCGUCCAGGGCUUUUGGUAUGGUAGUUAUUUGGUUACUACAGGACAGAGGAACCCAGGCCAGGUCAUGACAACAUUUUGGGGCGCUCUAAUAGCUGUCCAGGGCAUUACUGGUUUCUUGCCUCAAUUCAUUGUCCUCCAGAAGGGAAAGAUAGCUGGUGCACGACUCUUAGCCACAAUAACCCGGCUAUCAAAGCAGAACAUAGAUUCUGAAGUUCAGGGAGGCGAAAAGCCGCAGCGCUGUGUAGGCGACAUUGAGUUCAAGGAGGUCUCAUUCGCAUAUCCUACGCGCCCAGACCAACAAGCGUUACGUGACGCAACGAUAUUCUUUCCUGCUGGCGAUACCUCAUUUGUCAUUGGAAGAAGCGGAUCGGGUAAAAGUACUAUCGGGCAAUUGCUUGUAAGAUUCUAUGAGCCCACCAGCGGCACCAUUUCCCUGGAUGGAGUUCCACUUCCCAACCUGGACGCUGGCUGGCUUCGAGAGAACGUCACACUGGUCGAGCAACAUAGUGUGCUAUUCAAGGACACCGUUCGGCACAAUAUCGCUUUAGCAAGAAGAGGCGACGGGGUCGCACAUGGGGAGGUAGAGAGCGCAGUCAACUUUGCUCUGUUAUAUCAAAUGAUUCAAGAUCUCCCCAAUGGCCUCGACACAGUGGUUGGAGCAAAGGGCAGCUCGAUGAGCGGCGGCCAGAAACAGCGAAUGGCACUAGCACGAGCUCGUAUUCGCGACACUCCUGUGCUGAUAUUGGAUGAGUCCACGAGUGCCCUCGACUAUAUUACACGGUCCGCAAUUCUUGAAGCAACACGGACCUGGCGUCGAGGAAAGACCACGAUUGUCAUCACCCAUGACGCCUCCCAAAUCCUUCCAGAUGACUACGUGUAUGUUCUAGACUAUGCUCAAGUCGUGCAAGAAGGGCGCCGAAAAGACAUUGAGGCUCAGUCCGGCUCCUCCUUUCAUAGAUUUCUCAUCUCGAAUAUCAGCGAACGAAAUGAAGAGGAUGGGUCACCAGACAAUAAUACUGACGAGAUAAUGUCUCUUUACUCGACGCCUUGGGUCGCUCCCACUCGACCACUCUCUGCAAGCCUCUUGGGAGAGCAGCUUCAGUCGCCCUUCUUCAGCCCUAUCUCACGAGAUGCAAUCAGAGACGAAUCCUUCCUUGUCUCCGGAUCGGGAAAUGGCUCGAUUGUAACCUUAGAGCUAAGAAGGAACUCAAACGGUGCUCUCAGAGUCCCUCCAUUUGCUGCUCUCGGAUUGGAAAUGAGGCACCACGAACAGCCCACGUCUCGUCAUGGACGGCCAUGCUCCGGCACUUCUUCUCCUGCUCCUUCCAGUGCUCCUCAUCGCACGCCCUCGCACGCGCCGCCUUUAAGCUCACCUUCAACUUGGCAGAACACUAUUGACGGUCUGGAAAUACGAAACGUGGGGGAAACUGGAGAGAAAAUAAGCUUGAAGGACCUCAAGCGCCGAAGCCACGAUAAAGAUUCAGAAGGCUCCGUCCCUGGUGUCAAAUCCCUCACGAUCAGGGAGAUCCUUGCGACCACUUGGCCUACUCUAAACUGGCGUUGCCGUUUGGUUCUCAUUGUUGCUUUCGCAUGCUCUGCCAUCCACGCUGCAUGCACACCCACAUUUGCGUUCGUCUUGGCCAGACUCUUAUCUACUUUUUAUAUCCCUUCCAACCAGCAAAAUAUGACCCGGGCUUAUGCUCUUUCCAUUUUUGGCAUCGCUCUUACGGAUGGUUUGGCAACAUGGGGAUUCCAUUUCUGCUUCGAUUAUUGCGCCCAGGCAUGGAUAAAUAGCAUGAGAAUGGAAGCCAUGCGCCGGAUACUCGACCAACCUCGAGAAUUCUUCGACCGUGAUGAGAACAGCGUUUCGAGGAUUGCAGAAUGUCUUGAUCACUUUGCCGAAGAAGCUCGCAACCUUCUGGGACGCUUUGUCGGCAUUACGGUGGUUGUUAUGAUCAUGAUCCUCAUCGCAAUUGUGUGGAGCCUGAUUACUUGUUGGAAGGUUACUCUUGUGGCCCUUGCUACCAGCCCGAUUCUAUAUGCAAUUACGACAUACUACAACGCGAUUAGUGGAAAAUGGACAGCUCUGAGUAACGUAGCUGAUGAAGAUGUUGGGGAGGUCCUACACGAGACAUUUACUAGUAUCCGGACGGUGCGGUGUCUAGUGCUCGAGGAAGUCUUCCGCAAGAAGUUUGCCGCGACAAUCGCUACUGCUCUGAGGACGGGGUUGAAACGCGCAGUCUAUUUAGGACCUAUAUUUGGCCUUAAUUACACUGGAGUCCUCUUUGUCGCUUCGCUUCUCUUCUGGUAUGGUACCAAGCUCAUCGAGAGAGAGGAAUUUUCGACCAGGAACAUCAUCCAAACAUUCUCAAUCUUGCUGCUGAGCAUCAACCAUGUCAAUUUCAUGAUUAUGUACGUGCCGCAGAUUAGCGCGGCAAAGGAUGCCGGAUCCAGACUCCUCCGUCUAUCGCGUCUGCCACAAGAUUCACACGAGCAUAAGGGCAGUGUGCAACUCCGGAGAGCAGGCGAAAUAAUGUUGAACGAUGUCGAUUUUGCCUAUCCUACGAGGAAGAACCAUCGAGUUCUGCAUCAAGUCAACAUCAGUAUCCGUCCUGGAAGUUGCACUGCCAUUGUUGGCUCAUCAGGCUCUGGCAAGUCUACGAUUGCUGCAUUACUUCUGAAAUUGUACGAGACGAAGCCGAGUGUCGAUGGCAGAGGCUUGCCAGCUCUUACGGUAUCAGACCGAGAUGUCAACAUCUUACACACCCCUACGCUGCGUUCACGGAUGGCCAUUGUCUCACAAACUCCAGUGCUCUUUCCAGGGACUAUUGCAGAAAAUAUUGCAUACGGCCUUGACUCGUCUUCAACCCGAGCAAUAAACAGUAUCCGGGCAGCCGCAUCCGCCGCAGGGAUCGAUGAUUUCAUCACCGGUCUCCCACAAGGUUACCAGACUGUUGUUGGCGAGGGUGGCAGUGGGCUUUCGGGAGGCCAAGCACAGAGAAUUGUGAUUGCUAGGGCUCUUAUUAGAAAGCCGGACAUCCUGAUCUUGGACGAGGCUACUAGCGCGCUGGAUGCAGAAUCGGCGGGGAUCGUUCGAGAUACGGUCCAGAGACUUAUUGCAGAGACAAGGGGUGGGGAAAGGAGUGGCAAGGAGCAGAGGGGGAUGGCUGUUAUUAUUAUCACUCAUGCGAGAGAGAUGAUGGCUAUUGCUGAGCAUAUCAUUGUACUAGAUGAAGGGAGAGUGGUGGAAGAGGGGUCUUUCAAUGAGCUGAGACGGAGGAUGGGGCCAUUUUCUUGGUUGUUGAGGGGGAGAGAAAGAGCAGCGCCCACGAGAGGGAUAUGAGAGUGUGGGAUUAAAAAG